CCAAAGAUGGCUGCGCCCAUGGACAGCACGAAGACAAUACCGUAAUACCAGCGAUCCCCACGUAGUAUUGUAUUUUGCAAAUGUAAUAUGUCAUGAUUUUUAAAUUAGGGCACAUGGACCGAUAAUUUUUCACUAACGUGGGAAAACGUACAGAUGCGAACAGCGACAUGAUUUAGACAGUCACAGUGUUUUAACAGUAAUCAGAUUGUAUAAAUGGGGAAACAUAAGAGAGGGAGACAGAAGUACCAUAAUGCAGCAGUUAAACCCAAAAAUGACGAGAAACCGGAGAGCGAGGACACCGGUCUGGAGAGCAUGGAAACAUCUUCCAACGCAGGCACAGCUGUGACGAGUAACGUAUUUAAAAACCUGAAGAUAAAGAAUGAGGAUUUGGUGCAGAAACUCCCAAAUGACUGGGACACAAAGAGUGCCAUUACAAGCACUUCACUCAAGGGGCUGCAUCUGAAGAAGAAGGACAGAAAGAAACUCAGACAUGAACUGUUAGUGCAAAAGUUAGAUGCUGUGGAAGCUGCCAAAAUUGCUGCUAAAGAGAAGAAGAGGAAAGAAAAGACCCCGGUGGUGGGGGACAUUGGACUGCUGGGGGAGGCACUGCCCACCCUGGACAUGCUCCUCAAAAGUGAUGAACAGAAGAAAAGAGAAGGUAAUAAAGAAAAACCCCGCAGUAUUCCAAAAGAGAGACAGCGACGGCAACAGAUGUUAAAAGACAUGGAGGCAUUCCGCCAGGUGUACACCCAUCCAUCUUAUUUGGAGAAUCCAAGGGAGACAAUUCACCAACAUUUGCAAAACAAACUGCAACAGGAAAAUGAUAUAGAGUAAUAGCAUACACAGGUUUCAGAUGAGGAAGUGAAAGUUAUGCGUGGGCAGAAAUUCUAUGCAGGGACAUUGGAAUCUGAUUUAUCUUGUUGAUUUCUUUCGGACUUUUUUGAUAAUCAACAAACACUUGUAUACAUUCUUCAACUGUAUUUGUAAGCUUGCUAUGUCAAUGUCACUAUUAGAACUUAUAAAGUAAAUUCAUUUGAAGUUUAGUACAUGUAGCAUAUAUCAUAAAAAUCUUUUAACAGUUGUAGUACAUCUAUCUCUUAAAGCUCAUCACCAUUAUAAGUUAUUACUACAAUUUUGUUUCAUAUAUAAGUUGUAUAAAAGUAUACACUUUCUGAAGUAGUAAAAGUGAUCAUGUUAAAUUUAUUGUUGUGUGAAAUAUUCAACACUUACUUCAAGGAGGAUUGUUUUUUAUAUGACUGAAUCAUUAAAGAUUUUUUACUGUGUAAA